CUGAUUCAGGAAAAAAACAGGGUGUUGAGGGGUACCAGAUCUGAUUUGCUAGGGUUUUGUUUUUGGCAUAUCCUGAAAUUUCAGGGUUUUUUUGUUGCACCAGUCACAUGACCCCACGGGCAGAUUUGCUUGAUGAGGUAAAACCCCCUGGGAAGAUCAAGUAUGUGGCAGCAGCAUCAGGUGCUUUGCUCCCUGUGAUUGGUGUUAGAAAUGCCAAGGUUAAGGGAGCUAAUGGGGAGCUUGUGGGACUUGGGAAUGUUCUGCUGGUUGAAGGUCUGUCUGCUAACCUUCUCUCUGUGCGGCGACUGCAGAAGAGCAAGGCCGAAGUGACCUUUGGACCAACCAGCUGCCGUGCUAAGCUUGGGAAGAAGGUGAUGUGGAGUCUGGAAGAGGAGACCAGCUGCAUCAAGGAUCUAUGGCAGCUGCCCAUCAUCCCUUGGAAUGGGAAGACUCCAACAGCAGCAACGGCAGCAGCGGCAAAGGCAACAGCAGGAGGAGAUGCAACUGCACCAACUGAUGGGGACUUGGAAGCAGUCAAGAAAGUGCAGCAGCAGCAGACACAUGGUGAGGUGUUUGCUGGUGUGGAUGCGAGUGCGGCAUGGGCUAAGGCUUCAUCAAGGAGUGGAGAGGCCGAUUGGGAGACAUGGCAUGAGAGGCUGUGUCAUGUGAACUUCCCUAUGCUGCAGAAGUUGGUGAAGGAUGGGAGCUUGAAGGGCUUGGAGGUGAAAGGGGGAGUGAAGGAGAUUGGGAGCUGCCCUACAUGCUUGGAGACCAAUUUUUCCAAGUUCCCCUUCAACAGCACUACAGGACCAGCCAAGACCCCACUUGCACUUGUGCACAUGGAUGUGGUGGGGCCCACAAGAGCCCCUUCCCUCUCAGGCAGCCGCUAUUUCUUGACAAUUGUGGAUGACCACACUCGGGCAGUGUGGGUUUACACUUUGAAGAGCAAGGGGAAGGUGGCAGCGGCUGUCCUUAAGGAGUGGAUGCCUAGAGCUCAGAGGGAAUGUGGACACAAGGUGAAGGUGAUCCGCAGUGACAAUGGUGGGGAGUUCAUUGGAGCUGAUUUUGAGGGGGAGUUGAAGAGGAAGGGGAUCCAACAUCAACUGACAGUGCCCUACAACCCGCAGCAGAAUGGCGUGGGUGAGAGGUUCAACAGGACCCUGCAGGAGGGGGCACGCACUCUCCUUGGGCGUGCAGGGCUGCCUGAUCCGUUUUGGGUGUCUGCACUGAGGCAGGUCGCCCUUGUGAAGAACAGGGUGCUGGCUACAGUUGGGGAUAAGGAGUGGAUCCCAUAUACCAAGUGGUAUGGGAGUGCUCCAGCUGUGAACAUGCUGAGGGCAUUUGGGUGCAUGGUGGUGUUUCAUGUGCUUAAGGAGAAAAGGGGGAAGUUGGAGGCUUCUGGAAGAUGGGGUGUGCACUUAGGGAUUGCAAAGGAUCACAAGGGGUGGCUGCUAUGGGACUUGACCACCCAGAAGCUGACUGUGUCAAGGGAUGUGAAGUUUCUUGAGUCCCUGUACUACAAGGAAUGGAAGCAGCAGCAACAGAAGCUUCCAUCUACACUGCUCAUUGUGGAGGCAGAUGAGGUGCAGCGGCCUUCAAGACAGGUGGAGGUUGCAGUGUCUAAGGAGGAGAUGUCUGGGGUGACUGAGGAAGGGGGAGCAGCUGAAGUGGAGCAGCAGCAGCAGCAGCAUGAGUCUCCACCUCGAGUUCCACACCCGCCUGAGCGACCUAGGAGGGAUGUGCGCCCUCCGGUAAGGCUGACCUAUGGGGGAAGAGGCAAGCCGAAUGUGGUGCAGGCUGGGAGUGUGGUUGAGCAGAUUGAGGAAGAUGAGAUCGCUCACUGCUACAGGGCACCAAUCCCUGAGCCCAAGACUCGAGAGGAUGCCUUGAAUGGACCAAAUGGGGAGAAGUGGAAGGCGAGUGAGGAUGAGGAGUUCGGGUCCCUGAUUGAGAACGAGACAUGGGACCUGUGUGACUUGCCUCCUGGGAAGAAGGCAAUCACUUCCAAGAUGAUCUACAGGCACAAGUAUGGACCUGAAGGGGAGCUGACUCGCUACAAGUCUAGGCUUGUGGCACGGGGGUUUCAGCAGACAAAGGGGAAGGACUAUUAUGAGGUUUUUGCUCCUGUGGGGAAAGGAACAACACUGAGGGUGCUGUUGGCGAUAGCUGCACUCCUGGGAUGGAAGAUACGGCACAUGGACAUUGUGACUGCCUUUCUGAAUGGGAUCAUUUUGGAGGAGGUGUACAUGAAGCAGCCAGAGGGGCUGGAUGAUGGGAGCGGCAGGGUCUGCAAGCUGAAGAAGGCCAUCUAUGGCCUUAAGCAGGCGCCUCGUGCAUGGUAUCACAAGUUGGAGGAGGCGCUGUUGGCUGGGGGUUUCAAGAAGAGUGAGUGUGACCCCAGCCUGUUCCUGCUGCAGGAGAAGGAUGAAAUCCUCAUGCUCCUGGUGUAUGUGGAUGAUAUCCUUCUCUUCUCUGCAUCAACUGCUUUGCUGGACAGCGUAGAGCAGAUGCUGGAGAUGCAGUUCAAGUGCUCCAAGAUGGGUGAGGUGAAGUACUACUUGGGGAUGCACGUGGAGAGAGAUGUGGAAAAGGGUGUGCUGAGGUUGCAACAGAGGAAGUACUGUGAGGGGCUGGCUGAGAAGUAUGGGCUGCAAGAUGGGGGAAAGCCAGCAACACCACUACCUUCAGGGUUUACUGUGGAGCCAUGUGUUGAUGAGGAGGUAGUGGGUGAGAGUGACAGGAAGCUGUUUCAUUCGAUGGUUGGGUCGCUGAACUAUGCUGCAAAUCAUACACGGCCUGACAUUGCAUUUGCUACAUCACGGUUGGCUAGUGUGGUCUCACGCCCUAGUCAUGAGCAGCUAGAAGCAGCCAAGUGGUUGGUCCGCUAUGUGAGCGCUACGGCAUCAGUGGGAUUGGAGUACAGUGGAGUGAGGCAGCGGUUGCAGAGAGGUGCUGCAGAUGUGAAGAGUGGAGAGAUGCUCUUGAGUUGCUAUACUGACGCUAGCUUCAACUCAGUGAAAGUGGAUGGCACCAGCAUUGGGGGUUAUGUGUGCUUGCUAGGAGGUGGUGCUGUGAGCUGGCGUAGCAAGAAGCAGAAUGAGGUGGGAUUGUCCUCAUGUGAGACUGAGUACAUGGCCUUACACCAUGGGGCCAAGGAAGUGGUGCGGCUGAGGCGUUUGUUGGAGGAGUUGGGAGUUGGUCAGGAGGAGCCGACAGUUGUGUUUUGCGACAAUGAGUCUGCUGUGAAGCUCGCCAAGAAUGCUUGCCUGUAUGGGCUGACUAAACACAAAAGACCUAAGUGGCAUGGGUGAGGAGACUCCUUGAUAAGGAGGUGCGGCUGGAGAUAGUUAAGACCCAUCAGCAGGCAGCAGAUAUUUUCACUAAGCGUCUGGCGGAGGCGGAUCAUUGGAAGGGCAUGAAGCUUGCUGGCAUGAGUGUGCAUUGAGUAUGCAUGCUUGAGAUGUU